AUGUCCGACCACGAGUCUUCACUCAACUGGGGCGAUGAGUUUUCCUUCCUCAUCUUCGACUACUCACUUCUCUCUGAUGAAGAGGCUUUGGUUCAGCUCUUCCUCGCAUGUGUGAUGAUCAGGCACCAGUCAAUCAGAAAUGGAGACGAGGAACAAGAUGUUGAUCCUUCUCACUGGGUGUACUUCCCCUGGCGGGUUAUGGAGGCCAUCAGGCCGCGUUUCGGUAUGUAUUGGGCAUCUCUAAGCUUCAGACCAGGCAGUACUCACGCGCUCGGUGUAGAAAUUCAAAGCGAGGACGGGUUUUCAAUCAACGUGAACUCUGAAUCCGUACACGCUAAUUCAAUGCCCAUUCCCGGCGUCGAUCAGCACAUCGAGCAAGGUAAGUGGCUCACACAGCCGCCUCACGACAUCGCCCUUCCCUCCCCGCGAGAUGAUUCAAUGCUCGCCUAUCUACGCGCCGAGUUCGACAAGGGGAGCGCAGUUACUGGUAAACCUUUCAACAUCCGCUAUGAGCUAGGUAUGUUCCACCGGGACCUCUAUCAGCAACUCACGAUGUACCGCUACCGCCGCCUGCGCAGCAUCGGUCCCAUCACAAGACAAGUCGUCGCUGCGCGAGCCAACAGCCUGUGGGCGAGUAACCCAUCCCUACGCCGAUUUGAAGAGCAGCACGAGACGGUACCAUGGGGCGUCCCGGUGCCCUUUCUAACCUUCCAAUUUCUCAACUUUCUCCCGGCGCCCAUCGACCCUGGUCCGGGUCUGGAGCGGUCGUGGGUCAGUCAGUUCCAGAUUGUCUGUAGUCCCGUCGCCCGCAUCGCCUACGUCCGGAUCAAGCCGGGCCGUGCUUAUAGUGUGAACGGGAUGACGGUCGAGGAGGCGGAGUGGAUGAUUGGCGGGAUGAGGCUUCUCCACGUGGAGAUGCUGCGUAUUUGGGGUCUCUGUCGUCGCCAGCCGAUGUUCUGGUCGGGUGAAGAUUUGGCCGCGUUUGCGCGGGAUGUCUUUGAUGGUGCCGCGGUGAAAGGGAGAGUUCAUCUAGAUGCGAUCUCGAGUGCCAGGGAACAUUGGAGAUUUAUUCGAGAGAUGGGGGGUGUUUGA